GGGAGCUCGCUCGGCCAAGGGAAGCAAUAGUUCUUUACUGGGUCGAUCGGUUGCGCUUUCGAUCACCUACAUUGAGGUAUGGAUCCUUACCGGUAGAUCACAAGCUGCGAGUAAACAUUCCCCGGAAUUCGUUUGUGCCGAGUGAGAUCUUCGGUUCUUAUUUUUCCAUGACAUAGCCACGUGGACCGUGACUAUGCCACGUGGAAUUCACACGUGGCAGCGUUUAAAUAUUUUUGGCGGGAUGGUGCAAGACGGCUGGGCGCUUGCUUUCUUCUGUGAUGCGCCUGAUGUUCCUAUCGUGCUCGAGGGGCAGAGCCUGCCUUUCAUGGACUAUCUCAGUAAUUCUCUCGUCAAGCCAAGGGAAGGAAACCCCGUUCAGUUCCAGGCGUUGCUGCUCCCCAGCUUGAAAUCGCAAUUGCAGGGAUUAUACGACAUCAGUGCCUGUAAGCUCGGAGAUAACGUUUCCUUGGAUGGAGCUCCGUUCCAGGCAUUGCUGCUCCAGGGAUUAUACAACAUCAGUGCUUGUAACAUUCCCUUGGAUGGAGCUCAGUUCCAGGCCUUGCUGCUCCCCAGCUCGAAAUUGCAAAUGCAGGAAUUAUACAACAUCAGUGCUCGUAUGCUCGGAGAUAAAGCUUACUUGGAUGGAACUCGAGCUGCUGCAAGCAUGGUUCAAGAGUCAGAUGCGUUUCUCGUCAUUGGCUCGACUGUAAUGGUUUUACGUCUUGUGAGUGCCGCUCAUAAGGGGAAAACUCGAGCCGACAAUAUUGCUUGCUUCGAGAUGGAGUGCGCUGGUGAAGUGAGUUUGUCAAUGCAACUCUCAAGUCUCUUCCAAGUCGUCAGCAUACAUCCAAUUGGCUGCUGCCCGCACAAAGGCGAGUCACUAGAUUCUGUGAAACUAUACAAUGUAGGACUUAUAGAUUUUCUUGUGCAGGAUUUAAGCCCCUGGUAG